ACCACACUCUGCUUAAAAUGCAGUGUGUGUAGUUUCAACGACUUCAGCUGGAUUCCUGUCUUCCAUACAGGAGCGACGGUCUGUGCCUGCGUCCCUGUGAGCACAGAGCACAGGCAGGACUGAAGACGGACGCGGCGUGUGUGCCUCGCCCAGCUCGGACGCAGCUGGGAUGAGCUUGCACAACAUGUCAUGGGUCCAGUACCCGAGUCGCGUGUCCACAGCAGUCGAGGAUGUCAUCGCUGCACAGAGCAUCGUCUCUAGGUGCCUGCAGGUCUACAUGGCUCUGGGGGUUCCGGUGAGCUUGGCGGCUGGGCUCUUCAACCUGACCACCUUCAUCAAGGGCCGUGCCAGGUGGGGUGGCCUGGACGCAUUCCUUUCGGACCUCACGAUCACCAACGUGUUGGUGACACUGCUGUCCCUCACCGCCAUCAGCCGGCCAGACUACAUGGUCGCCACCAACCUGAGUUGUGCCACCCUCUCCUUCCUGGCCAAUGUCUGCUACUUCAACGCGCAGUAUGUGCAGCUGGUGAUGCUCUUUGCGUUCCUGCUACAGGGCUCUGCGCCCUGCCUGCCCGUGGCCACCAAGGCGGCCCAGAGGCCCGUGGAGAGCCUGGCCGUCAUCAGGGGCUGUGCCUUCUGCAGCUCCCUGGGACUGGCAGCCCUGCUGGGCACAUCUGGGGAGCUGUCCAGAACCACCCUGUGCCAGGUGGACCCGCUGACCGCCUGGCCCGAGUAUGAAAUCGUCAAGGUCAGCCUGGGCUUCGGGCUGGCCCUUGUCCUGAAGCUGGCGUUCUUCAUCCUGAUCGUUGUCCAGCUGGCCUGGCGGGCGGCCCCUCCCCAGAGGGAUGUGGCCUCCGCUCCCUGCCUUGUGCUUGCCAUGGCCCUGACCACGUUUGCCUGCCGCCUCCUCUACAACAUUGCACUCCUGCAGCGGGCCCGGCUGAAGCUGCAGAGGGACAUUGGCUCUCCCAGGGAUGAGCUGCUCAUGAACCUGGCAGAGCUGGUCCUGUGUGGGGAGAGCUGCAUGAAUUCCCUGGCCAUCCUCUUCCUCCAUAGGCCUUGCAGGCUGGCACUGCUGAACCUUCCAGAGCGCAUCACCCAACGGUGCAGGAAGGCAGAUCCCAGCGACAGCUUCUCCUUAAAGAGGGUCAGCAGUUAAGGCAGGGCUCUGUCUGCAGUGGACGAGCAAGCCGGACAAGUGAAAGGGUCUUCCUGGCAGGGAGGGGAUAGGACCAUCUGUUGAAACUCCAGUCUGCAUGGUGAGCACCAAUGGGGGGACAGGAUCGUCUGGAAGGCAUGGCAAACCAGCUACCUGGCAUGUGGCUCCACACCCUAGAUCAAGGCUUGCAGCUAAAGGAAACCCUGCGAAUCAAGGGCUCUGCGACUGUGAGGGCCAAAGCUGUCCAGACACAGGGCUGACUGGAUGGAGACGUCCUACAUGCUGGUGGGCAGUUCCGUGAGCCUGAGUUGGCAUCCUUCUCUGUCCCUUCCCAGCCAGACAACAGAAUCUUGAAAAUAAACACAUUGUUCAAAUAACUUUGGGGCCAUAUUAUAAUCUAGCCCUAAAGGGUCGUUAACUGGUUAACUUUUAACACUGCCAGAGAGUCUGGACCGCAGACAUACUGCUAAGUGCAAAGGAGCUCGGUUUUAUCUCUGUAAGUGUACCAUCCUCACUGGAGGUCUGAGAGUAUCACCCACAGGCUGAUCAAGUGUCACACGGUGCUCCUGGCUCCCUGCCAGGUAAUCAAGUGUCACAUGGCGCUCCCGGCUCCCUGCGACCUGGCAGGUGGUUGGUGCCCACCAUAAGGUACCAAACAUAAAAUACGAAGUUCAGUAGUUAAUCUUAAUGCAGAUUCACACUUAACAAUUCUUGCUAGAUUUACAUUAAGAUUUUCUUGGUCGAACAGAGAAAGGAGGCGUGGAAGGGAAAGGGGUCUCUGGUUGUGGGAAUCUAUACCUUUGACAGGUUUGGUUUUUUAUGAAAACCUCGAGAGUAGUUUUAGGGUCACAAUAAAAUUAAAAGGAAUGAAGAGGUUCCCUCCACGCCCUGCCCCCACCCUGACGUCCCCCUGAUGGAGUGCCUGUCACAAGUCAUGGAUCUCCACUGACACAU